AUGGGGCCAGCACGUGAAGCCUGUGAGCAGAGGGCCCAGCACGUGGUGGCCGCCACCUUCCUGGUUCACAGGCCUUCUCUGCGUUUGGAUUUUAGGAUAAAAUUACCCCUCACGGUGGACGAGAUCGCCAGCUUCGGGGAGAGCAAAAGGGAGCUGUUUGUGCGGUCCAGCACCUACAGCCUCAUCCCCAUCACUGUGGCCGAGGCAGGCCUCACCAUCAGCUGGGUCUUCUCCUCCGACCCCAAGAGUAUCUCCUUCAGUGUGGUCUUCCGGGAGGCAGAGGACACGCCGCUGGAUCAGUGUAAGGUCCUUAUCCCCACGACCCGAUGCAGCUCUCACAAGGAGAACAUCCAGGGCCAGCUCAAGGUCCGCACACCGGGCAUCUACAUGCUCAUCUUCGACAACACCUUUUCCAGAUUUCAGGAGACAUGGCCGAUGAACAGGCUUCGUCAGAACCUCGUGAUGAGUGUUAUCCAGGGACGCUCCUGCCUCUGGGGGCUGCAGAGCCACACCCACGCCUCCGCUGGGCGGCUUCCGAAUCAGAAUUGCACUUUCAUUGACGAAUCCUCAAUUCUCGAGGCCUUAUGGGAUAGUGGGUCUGGGGACCCAUUGCAUUCUUAUCUGCCAAAGAAUUACCCAGAAGCACAUCAAAUGCCAACACCCGCCCUGCGCAGGGGGGGUGAGAAACUUUUGUAUCCCAAAACAUAUUCCUCUAUAGCAUCUGCUGCACUCUUUGGAACAGUUUUAUUUUUAACCUCAGGAUUUAAAUAAAGCAAACACUAUGAUUGGGA